AUGAUGCAGGAUGAAACUCCGCGAUACAUGGCCUCCACAAGCUCCUGGCAGCAGCGUGCGCGAAGCCCAACAGGCGGCCAGCGGCAAGCCGAGCGAAGCAGGCGGCGACAGUUUUCAACCUCUGGGCAGCUUGAAGGUCUACUGCCAAAGGAGGGAGAGACACAGGAGCACCGAGGCAGUCCAUCUCUCGAGGAGCUCCAAAGAGUUCAGAAGACCUUGGCUGCGCGGCUAAUCAAGCUGGACGAGGGUCUCCGGGAACGAGAUUCGCAACUUGCAGAACUGCGAGUAAGGUACCAGGAAGUGCAGAAAACGAACGAGGAGUGGCGGAGCCGUGCCUGCAACGCUGAGGAGGAGAUGGCCGUGCUUCGGCGCAUGUUGGAGGAACGGACGGAAGAGAUCCAGAGGCCAGAUCGGCUGGGUGUUGAUGUGCUGAUCGAUGCUGUACUGCACGUCACGCUGGAUCAUGCAGAGUAUUCCCUGGCGUUAGGGUACCAUGAGCUGCCGCCGUCCGACAUCAAGCAGGCUUUGAGAUGGUACAGACGAGGGGCGCGGAUGAAUCACAAAGGGUCUACCACAAUGCUUGGCAAGCUGCACUUGGCUGCUGGCCAGAAGGAAAAGGCGCUGCACUUCCUGCAGCGGACGGGGCUGCCACAGCGGAGCUUGGAAACACCGAGAACUUUGCGGCGGUCUGAUGUCUUGGACAGAGGUCACGGUGGAGAGAGGGGCGACUCCCUGGCACAAUGGUUUCUUGGCGAGCUUUUCAUGCAGAGUGCAAAACUCCGAGAUGCUGCUGGGCGCAGAGACUUCCCGGCCCUUGGCUCCUGCACAGUUCAGUGA